CAAGUAUUCCAACUUAAGGCAGUUAGAAAUGAAGUUCAGUUGGCUGUUGGUAAUUCUCUCGCUUUACGUGGUCUACGUUCACGCUGAGCCUUAUGUGAAGGAAGGCAAAUGUCGUGGAGAGCCAAUUGUGCGACAAGUGUGCCACGAUCACGUAGACCAUGGACACGCUACAUUUCGUUGGUGCAAAUCUCGGGCCAUGCAAAAUAUGUGGUACUAUAAUCGUCUCCACAAAGAAUGCCAGAAAAUGGAUUACUUUGGAUGUGGUGGCAAUGGUAAUCGAUAUUGUACAAAGAGACAGUGCAUGGAUCAAUGUCGCAAUGCUUAAAGAAGACCCAACUAACUAAUAUUAUAAGAGGGUAGCACUUCAUUCGGAUUGUAAUUUAUAUGUUAUAGAAAUAUUUCAUAGAAAUAUUCCAAAAUCUCGUUUGAUUGAUUGAAGCGAUUAUGAAUUCAUUUAUGCUCUUACUUGUAAACAUUAAAAUUUCUCAAAAUUUCUUAUUGAUUCCUAAACAAAAA